GUCAAAUUGUCGGUCAAUUUUCUCUAACCUAAAAGAAUAUCGGCUGUUGAGUAAUUUGUUGGAAAAUAUUUAAAUCAAAAAUUUAAAAUGUCAUUCAUUGUGCGAACUUUAAUAAGGAACUCAUUGAAAUACAAUAUUCGUACAUUUACUCCGCUUCGGACUUUUCAUUUCACGCCAGUAUGCUGUCUAUAUUCACCGGCGUCACUUGGCGUUGACGGCUAUCUUCAAUCAAGGAAGAAGACCAAAGAACAGUUUGCAAACUUUGCUGAUAAGUUUCGAUCUAAGAUGAAGGAUUUUGUUGCUGACCCAAAGAACAUGGUGUUUACUGAAGAUUUGAAGAAUAUGGUUCACAUGGCUGAGCCUACUGACUUGGAACUGGUUGUUAAUAUGAUCAAGAAGUUCAACACUCAAAACACAGAAUUCAGGUUUGGAUCAUUUGUGUUUGGGCCUGUUGUGAUGAGAAUGUUCCACUUUUUAGAUGCACCUACAGAGGCUUUGCUGUGUUUCAAUGACCCAGCAAAUAGUGGAUUUUUUGACCAACUGAUCUCAUAUCAAAUCUUGUUAGAUCUCUUAUACAACCAUCAAAUGUAUGACGAAAUGUUCAAUGUGUUUGAAAAAAUAAAGGAACGCCAAAUUAAUAUGACUAAAUUCCCUAAAUAUCCUGUGGUUUUGAUAUUUGCUGCUUGCUAUAAACAAAAUACGCCUAAGAGUUUCGAGUACGCAUCUAAACUAUGGUCUGAAAUGGCCAGUGCAGGCACAAGCCCUCUACGGCGAGCAUGUACUUUCUUUGCUGCAUUGGCUUUGAAGCAAGGCGCUCCACACAUUGCGUUAGAGAGUAUACCACAACAAAAGCAAAAUUAUAUUACAAUGAGGAACAUAAAGGCAAGGGCUUUAGCAGAAAUGGGAAGAGCAGAUGAUGCCCUACCUGUGUUGAGACAAGUCUUGGAAAUUGACAGACCAGAUCAGAAAGACAAACAUACAUUCUUUGAGGAAACUGUAAUGAUGGUUCGAGAAGCAGUUGCGAAAACGAACAAUAAAGAUUUACAGAAACAGUUUGAUGAUAUCGAAAAUGCGCUGAAAGAUCGUGGACUUAUUGAUAAACAGACUUUGGAUCAAUUAGUAAAUUCAGAAAUAACAAAUUUGCCUAAGAAGCAAGAGCAACCUCGUGGCGUAUCAUUCCAGAAGAAGAUGCCUUUUAGCCAUCGCAGACCACAUCACCGACUUUACUCAGAAUGACAAUACUGAAAACGAUAUUCCUCGUGUACAGAACGUCAGUUGUAAAAUUGCAAUUUUUUUAAAGUUCGCUUGCAAUACGCACUUGUUGUCUGGGCAGUACGCUCAACGGUGAUAUUCUCUCUCUAGAACACGCAUUUAGCAGUUCUAAUCCAGUUGUGCCAACGUAAGCGAACUGCGCUAUUUUGCUGUUGGAAUCCAGACUAUCUGUACACACCCUUGUUAGUAUACCUUUAAAAUUUGUUAGUUAUGGUAUGUUUCUUGUAGUAUUUUUGUGUGUAAUUUGUGAACGCAGACGCGAACGAAUGGAACACGUGAGAAGAAAUUUGGGAAAUGUAUGUUAGUUUUUAUAUUUAAUGUUUUUGACGUGUCAAAAUUUGACAUAAUUGUGGUUAAUUAAAAACAAUAACGUGUCGUGAAUAAAUCUCAAUAUUGUAUUCUGAAUAAAGACACUGUUAUAUAAUCUGUAAAAGUUAUUUUAGACGUCUUACGGAUAUCUUGAAGCUUUUCCUUUUAUAUGAAUUAAGAAUGAAUGUAGACUUAAUUGAUGUAUGUCAAAACAGAAAUGAAAAAUUGGAUAGUUCAUAUGAUACAUUAAUUCAUAAAUCAGGAGCUCGCAACAAAUGACACCAAUUGUGUGUAAUGUCAUUCUUUAGGUUUAAUGCCACUUAGAACCUUUAUGCCCAGCGCUCACUGGCGCGGCGGGGCGUAUGGUAAGGGAUCCUUCGGCAUUUUUACAAAAGAUAUAAAAUUUAUAUUCAAGAGUAGAGAUGGCAAUAACAGCUACUUGUCAAUAAUGAAUUAUACUGCUAUGUUAUUUUUCAAUAACUG